ACUGACAUGGAGGCUCCACUCCCUGGUGUCUCCCUGCUUCUGGUCCUCCUGGCAGUGGGAUGGGGAAGUCAGGCGACUGCAGACUGGGCAACAUCUCCUGGCAGCUGUGAGCUUGUUCAGAGAACUGCACACUGCACUGGGAGAUGGCUGAGCUCUGUCCCAGGAAAUCUUCGAGGUGAUACAGAGGAGCUGUUGCUUGACGACAACGCUAUCCAGGUUGUGGGCAAUACCUCUCUGCUCUUGUACCACCAGCUGCGGCAUCUCAGCUUGCCUAAGAACCGUCUAGAGCUCAUUGAGCCCGGAGCCUUUCUCAGCAGCCAAGGCCUUCAUAUGCUCUCUUUGGCAGACAACCUUAUAUUCACCAACUACUCGCUGACAGCAGCUGCUCUUUCUGCUCUGCCAGCCUUGAGGAUGCUGGAUCUAGCUGGAAACCGUCUCACUGAGGAUAUGGUAUUGGUUUUGGUCGGCAACCUGUCCUCUCUGGAGUCCUUGUCCAUAGCUAGGAACAUCAUCAUGAGGCUGGACUCAUCCUUCUUCACAAAUCUGACACAGCUCUUGGAGCUGAACCUGGAGAAGAACUACAUCUUUGAGAUUGACCAAGCUUUCAAAGGGCUGCAGAGGCUGCAAAGGCUCAACAUAGCUUAUAACUACCUCCCCUGUGUAGUGGAGUUUGACCUGACUCAGCUCAGGGUGCUCAAUGUCAGCAGCAAUGUCAUUGAGUGGUUUCUGGCACUGGAAAGUGAUGAUCUCUUUGAGCUGGAGGUGCUCGACCUGUCCCACAACCGUCUCCUCUUCUUCCCUGUGUUGCCUCGGCAGAGCAAGCUGCACUCUUUGCUGCUGAAGGACAACAAGAUGAGCUUCUACCAGCGCCUUCCCAAUGGCACAUCCCUGGCAGAUGUCACAGUGCAGUUCCUGCUCAUUGAUGGCAACUCAACCAACAUCACAACGGUCAGUCUCUGGGAUGAGAUCUGCCACAGCAACCUCUCCUCUCUGCACCUCCUGGAUAUGAGCCAGAACCAGGUGUGGUACCUGCCAGAGGGCUUCCUGGCCCAGAUGCCCUCCCUGACCCACCUGAAGCUCAACCAGAACUGCCUGGAGAUGUUUCACCUGUCGGAGGGGAACCCUUUUGCCAUGCUGAUGGAGCUGGACCUCAGCCAGAACCAGCUGUCAGAGCUGGGGGCAGAGGUGGGUGCCAGGGACAUCCUGCCCAACCUGCAGCUCUUCAACCUUAGCAACAACAGGCUGCGGGCACUUCCUCCUGAGGUUUUCACCUACGCUAGGAAGAUCACUACUGUGGACCUCAGCCGCAACCGGGUUGACCUCUGUCCCCAGACAGCUGUUGCAGGCAAGGUGGAGAGUGCCCCCUGCGUGGACAUCAGGGGUGUAAAGACCUUGACUCAUCUCUCCCUGGCUGGCUGUGGUCUGCAGGGACUGGGUGGCCACCCCUUCCAGGGCACAUCACUGAUGCAUUUGGACCUCUCCGACAACCGUCAGGCACUGUCUGGGGACCUGGGAUGGCUGCAGGACCUUACACGGACGUUUCAGGUGUUGUCUCUUAGGAACACCAGCCUCUCCACCACUGCAGUGGACUUCUCUGCCUUUAACAGCCUUGUGCGAUUGGACCUUUCAGGGAACUCCUUGACUGUCUUCCCUGCUUCUCUGAGUAUCCUGAAACUGCACAGCCUGGACCUGCGGGACAACUGCCUCCCAACUCUCCCGCUGGAUGUUGCGCACACACCGCUGGGAAAGAGCCUGCGGGAGGUCUACCUCAGCCAAAACCCCUACAACUGCUGCACGCUGGGCUGGUGGGACUCCCUGCAGUGGGUUGAGGGGUUGCAUGUCCCUGACAGGCAGGAGGUGACCUGCAGCUAUGCCUCCCGCACACUGAGCCCCAGGGCACUGCCCGAGCCUGUCCUGCAGAGCUGCCGCUGGCAGACAACUGACCUGGCACUCCUCUACUUGGUGCUGGCUCUGCCCACCUGCCUGACACUUCUGGUGGCCUUUGCUGUCAUCUUCCUCAUGUUCAAGCAAAAGCUGCUGAAAGUGGUGAAAAGCCGGUGUGGGGUGUCAAGCCCUUACUGA